AUGAGCGAUAACAAAGAGUGGUACCAACUAGACCAAGACCUUGACAAAGUGCUAGAAGCCACACUGGCAGGGACGGCUGAGCAGAAAGUCAAUACUCUCACAACAAUAACCUAUAACCUGGCAAGGGAGCGUUUUGGAAUUCAGGAGAAGAAAAUCAACAUCAAGUCUGUACAUCAGCCAAACAGAAGAGAGAGGGAAAUUCAUCGACUAAGGGGAGAAAUCAAGACUCUCACCAAGCAGUUCAAAAGAGCCCUUGCUGAUGAAAGGGAAGGCAUCAAGGACCUGACGAGUCAACUCCGGGAGCGCCUCUGCAGACUCCGAAAAGCAGAAAGCACUCGGAAGAAGAGGAAGGAUAGGGAGAACAAAAGAUCUCAGUUCACCAAAGACCCUUUCAGAUUCACCAGAACACUGUUGGGAGAAGCAAAAUCUGGAAGGCUGACCAGCCCCAAAGGAGAUGUGGAGGCGUUCUUGAGGGAGACCCACAAUGACACCUCCAGAAACCAGGCCCUGGACGCCAACCCAAGCAUCAGCAGUAUAAAGAUCCCAGAAAAAGAGCUCAACGUCAGUGAACCAUCCUGGAGGGAAGUCCAAGAGGUGGUGAAGAAGGCCAGAACAGGGUCUGCCCCCGGCCCAAGCUGUAUACCCUACAAGGUAUAUAAGAAAUGUCCAAUGCUUCUCCGGAGGCUGUGGAAGCUGUUCCGGAGGAUCCGGAGAAAAGGUACCAUUCCAUCAGGCUGGAAGAAGGCAGAGGGCUGUUUUGUGCCAAAGGAAGAGAACUCCUCAACCAUUGACCAAUUCAGAACAAUCUCACUGCUAAGUGUAGAAGGCAAGAUCUUCUUUUCUGUAUUGGUCAAGAGGAUGACCUCGUACAUGACAGAGAAUGGAUACAUCAACACUGCCAUCCGGAAAGGUGGAAUUCCAGGCUUCUCUGGAUGCCUGGAACACACCGGAGUUCUCAGUCAGAUGAUCCGUGAGGCUAAAGCCAGCAAGGACAACCUGACUGUUGUCUGGUUGGAUUUGGCCAAUGCCUAUGGAUCAAUCCCGCACGCCCUCAUCCAUACAGCAUUAGACCAUUACCACAUCCCGCAGCACAUCAAAAGAAUGAUCGCCAGCUACUUUGGUGGAAUCCAGCUACGAUUAAAGGCGGCCAAUUUUACAACUCAGUGGCAAAGCCUGGAAAAAGUUAUCGUAACUGGCUGUACAAUCUCCCCUAUCCUCUUCAUCAUGGGAAUGAACCUCCUAAUAACAGCUGCGGAGAAGGAAGCACGGGGUCCUAAAAUGGAGUCAGGAAUCCGACAACCCCCAAUAAGAGGUUACAUGGACGACCUUACCGUGACAACCACAACCCAUAUGGAGGCGAGGUGGGUGCUAACUGUUCUGGGCCACAUGGCAACGUGGGCCAGAAUGAAGUUUAAGCCAAAGAAAUCCAGGAGUUUGGUGAUCAGGAACGGGAAGUUGACCAACAGGUUCAAGAUGCAUGUGCAAGGGGAAGUGAUUCCAUCAAUAGAGGAGAAUCCAAUCAAGUGCCUCGGAAAGUGGUGCGAUGACUCACUUACUGACAGGAAUAACAUAGCCAGUACGGAAAAGCAGAUGGAGGAAUGGCUGAGGAGGAUCGAAAAAUCAGGGCUCCCUGGGAAGUUUAAAGCUUGGCUCUAUCAACACGGACUGUUGCCAAGAAUCAUGUGGUUGCUGACUGUGUAUGAGGUCCCGAUGACAUGCGUUGAAGGAGUGGAGAGGAAGAUCAAUAAGUACAUCCGAAAGUGGUUGGGAAUCCCUCCAAGCUUCACUUCAGUAGGCCUCUACAUAAGAUCAGGGCAGCUCCAACUUCCUCUGUCAUCUGUAGUUGAGGAAUUUAAAGUCGCAAAGUGCAGAGUCGUAAUGACAUAUAGAGACUCACAGGAUGAACAAGUCAGACAUGCAGGCGUCAUCACAAGAUCAGGUCGCAAGUGGGCAGCUGAUUCGUCUGUUGCACAAGCUGAGAGCAUGCUGAAGCUACGUGAUGUCAUUGGAGCACCAUGCUCUGGAAGACAGGGUCUUGGAACCUCACAUUUUCAACAGUGGAGGAAGGCAGGAACCAGUGAAAGAAGAGCCAUGAUUCAAUAG